AUGUACUUUUUGGUGGAAACUGCCAUAUCAUGCCAUGAGAGGCAUGAGUCUCUACACCGCGAUCUUUCUGACAAGAUCGAACAUAUCCUUGGGCAAGCCUGCCAGUUGCAGCCGGCUGAUGCCAAGCAUCUCUCACUUGCCACCACGAUGGGGCAGGCCAUAACUGAAGUAGUUAUGACCCACGGCUCUUGGGUGACAGUAUUGUCAUCUUUGAUUUUGUCGGCUGCUGCCAAACUACAGGAGCACCUCGACGGCGACAACACCGGGAUCAGCACCCCACCUGUGUGGUCGCAGAUCCGAGGGGAUGAUCGCUGCAUUCAAGGCCACCCCCUCUUCCCUGCCACCAUCCAUUACCGAGGAGAAUCUUGGUCGCCGUCUCCCGAAGCCGGCCCUUCACAACCUCCUUCCUUGCCUGCCAAAGAAUGGGGGCAAGGCACUCAGCGUGGCAAGUGUCCCCGGGCCUCAAGUGCCCAUAGCCAAAGCCACCCGGUGAUCUCCAAGAAGCAGCACGGCAAGUCCAGGGCCACCAUCACCAUUGAUGAUGAGCUUGAUGAGGAUGAGUUGGCGCCACCGCCUAAUAAACCAACAGUUGUAGACCCACCGGCCCGAAAAUCAGGCCAAUAUGUAGAAGUCACCAGCAAGGAAGAGAUGGAUGCCAAUGAAGAACCCACCAUCCAGAUCAAGCCGACAGUGAUUGUCAAGAAAAUUACCACCAACUUUUCAGGUGCCGUCUUGAUGGAAGAUGAGUUCGCCGAUACUUCGGCGCCCACAUGGGCUCCUUGCUGUGGCCAAUGUGUGGCCCACGAUCUCAUCUGCCAUCAGGGCAUCAACAAGAAUAACGGCCGGACCUUGAAGGUUUUACCAGAACUUCGUUCACUUAAGACCUCCAAUCUUAAUUUGUCUGAACUAGCAUUCUUAGUCGAAGCACUCCUUUGA